GCGUUCCAGCGUUCCAGAGUGAGGACUGCACUUCCCGGCGGCGCCCGGGACCUGGGAAUGAAUUCUCAGCGGAAACUUGAGCACCCCCUUUCCCCGCCUGUGGGCUACAUUUCCCAGAAGCCUCCACGGGCCACAGCCCUUUCUUACCCGUCCGCAGCCACCUAUUGCUACCUCGACCUGUGAAUUCGCCCAGGUUCUUGGAGGAUGUUCGCAUGCGGCUGGGCGGUCAGGACUGGGCUUCAUUGAAGCUUGGAACACGACGCGACUUGGGGCGGAGAAGACUGUUGUGCCGGUUCAGGCUCUAUUUGGAUUUUUUCCCUCUCUGGACUACAUUUCCCCGAGGGCUCCGCGGUGUAUGCGGAUUCCGGCCGAAGUUCGCUGGCCGGUGUGAGUUGCCGGGAGUUCGGACGCAAAGGAUCGGGGCAUUCCAGGUUGCCUCGCUCACUGGUUUGGGGCGGAUUCAAUCAGACUGGAGUGAGAGGACCUCGGAGAAGUGGACGAAUCCAGAAGAGGAGGAGAAAAGAGCUGCUGGGCAUCAAAAGUCAUGGCGGAGGACUUGAAGUUCAAAGAUGUGGCCAUUUACUUCACUCAAAAGGAGUGGGAGUGCUUGCACUCUGCUCAAAAAGAUUUGUACCGAGAUGUGAUGUUGGAGAAUUAUAAUACCCUGAUCUCACUGGGAUUUUCUGAUUCUAAGCCAGAUGUGAUCUCCUUAUUGGAGCAGGGGAAGGAACCUUGGAUGGUUAACAGCAAGGAGACAAAAGAAUGGUGCCCAGAUUGGGAGUCUAGAAGAGAAAACAAGAUGCUAAAGGAGGACAGUUAUGAAGUUCAAUCAUUGCAACCAGAGAUAACAAAAAGACUUACAAACUCUACCCUUGAGUACACUAGGGUCAGAAGUAACAGAGAAAUCAGAUGCCACUUGGAGAGGCUACAGGAAGGACGUUUCAGACAAGCCACAAUAACCUCUGAAGAAAGAUCCACUUCCAUUCAGCGCACAGAUCGUAGAACACCUCAGACAACUCAUACUGGGGCAAAAUCCUGUGAAUCCAAGGAAUGUAAGACUUUCAGGUACCAAUCACACCAUAAUCAACAUGAAAGAAGUCAUAAUAAGGAAAAAGACUCUAAAUGUGGAGAAUGUGGGAAAGCCUUUAAUAGUAGGUCAGACUUGAUUAAGCAUCAGAGAAUUCAUGAAAGCAAAAAAAGUGAUGAAAAUAAGAAAUGUGCCUUUAUUCGUGAUGCUCAGAUUACUAAAUCCCAGAGCAUUAAUACUGCCGAGAAACCUCAUAAAUGUAAGGAAUGUGGGAAAGCCUUUCAUUCUAACUCGCAACUUAGUAAACAUCAAAGGAUUCAUAUAGAUGAGAAACCCUAUAAGUGCACAGAGUGUGGAAAGCCAUUUCCAUCUACCUCACAACUUAAUUUACAUCAGAGAAUUCAUACUGAUGAGAAAUACUAUGAAUGUAAGGAGUGUGGGAAAGCCUUUACCCGUCCCUCACACCUUAUUCGACAUCAGAGAAUCCAUACUGGUGAGAAACCCUAUAAGUGUAAGGAAUGUGGGAAAGCUUUUCGUUAUGACACACAACUUAGUCUUCAUCAGAUAAUUCAUACUGGUGAAAGACGCUAUGAAUGUAAGGAAUGUGGGAAGGUCUAUAGUUGUGCCUCACAACUGAAUCUACAUCAAAGAAUUCAUACAGGUGAGAAACCUCAUAAAUGUAAGGAAUGUGGGAAAGCUUUUAUCUCUGAUUCACAUCUUGUCCGACAUCAGAGUGUUCAUACUGGUGAGAAACCAUAUAAAUGUAAGCAAUGUGGGAAGUCUUUUCGUCGUGGCUCAGAACUUACCAGACAUCAGAGAGCUCACACGGGUGAGAAACCUUAUAAAUGUCGGGAAUGUGAAAUGGCCUUUACUUGUAGCACAGAACUUAUCCGACAUCAAAAAGUUCACACUGGUGAGAGACCCCAUAAAUGUAAGGAAUGUGGGAAGGCUUUUAUUCGAAGGUCAGAACUUACUCAUCACAAGAGGAGUCAUAGUGGUGAAAAACCCUAUGAGUGUAAGGAAUGUGGGAAGGCCUUUGGUCGUGGCUCAGAACUUAGUCGACACCAGAAGAUUCAUACUGGUGAGAAGCCCUAUGAAUGUAAGGAAUGUGGGAAAGCCUUUAUUCGUGGCUCACACCUUAGUCAACAUCAAAGAAUUCAUACAGGACAGAGGAGUGAAUGAAGACAUGUGGGAAGCUUGGAAUUUAAUUGACACCUGGAAAUUCAUACUAGUAAAACAUAAAACCCCCUGUAAUUGUAAGGAAUAUGGGAAAGCAUUUAAGGAUAACAACUUAAUAUCAGAGUUCAUACUGUGGAUGUGAGGGAGUCCAGAAUUUGAUAUUUGUUACUGAUAAAAAACCUUAUAAAUGUUAUGAAUUGAGAGGGGUGUAUUUGUGUUUCAGAAUUUAUUAGACAUCAAUCAAUUGGUGAAAAAGUGAAAAACUCCAUGAAUAUAAAGAAAGUGGAAAGGCUUAUUAGGAAAGCAGUGUUAGACAUUAAUCAUUCUAACUUUUCUCAACAUCAAGGGUCAAUUAGCCCUUAUGGGAAAUCAGAAGUCAUAAUAUAAAUAUUUAUAUGGAGCACCAAUUUGCUUUAGCUAACUAAUUUUCAUCUGAUAAUUCAUACUAGAGGAAGGCUACAUUGUUAAAAAUGCAGCAGAUUCUUCCAUUCCGUUCAACUCUUGUUAAGUGUUUGCAAGCUCUGAACCGAAUCAGAGUGGGAAAGGAUUUAACCAAUAUUUAGUGUUUACUUGGCUUCACCAUUAUUACUCAUUUCUUAUAGGGCUAAUGACUUAACCAAAUUCUCUCAUUUAUCAAUUAGUAAUAUUAGAACCAUAUUUCUUAGUAGCAUUGUGUACAUUGUAUCCCUUAGAAUAGUGUCUGGUUCAUAUUGAAAGUGUGUUAAAUAAGAGGGGCUUUAUUCUUUUUUUUUUUU